UGUUCUCAUAGGUUCGAGCGACCAAGAAACCAUUGCCCCCGAAAAAAAAAAUGAUAGCAGUUAGGGGGAGGAAAUAUCAUGAAGAGUCCGAAGAAUCCGCAGAUUCCCCUGCCAAUGAAUUAAUCCACCUUGUUCUUUCGCAAGAUCCACCCCCAAAAACACGCGUAGAAGAGCUCGUGAACAAUCAAUAAACCCCUGAACCAACUAUCAAAGAAAUGUGGAGUGUAUUCGUCACUGUUGGAGACAUUUGGUGCCCAUUGAGAAGGGAUUAAAGAUUGAAAUAAGGUAUAAAGAUGGCGGAUUGUGCAUCGGAGGUACGGCAUUCAUCAGCGAGUAACGAGUGUGGAUUGAAUCAAAAUAUAACAAUGAUUAACAAUGGACGUGUACCUCAACACGGUAUUACCACUCAGAAUCCUAUCGGUCAGGGUCCACGAAGUGUUACUAUUUACAAAACUGAAACUGGUUUUGGAUUCAAUGUACGUGGACAGGUGAGCGAGGGUGGUCAAUUGAGGAGUAUAAACGGUGAACUUUAUGCACCACUGCAGCAUGUCAGUGCUGUUCUGCCCCAUGGAGCUGCUGAGAAGGCCGGGGUCAGAAAAGGAGAUCGAAUUCUUGAAGUAAAUAAUAUUAAUGUGGAAGGAGCCACUCACAAACAGGUGGUAGAUCUGAUAAAAUCAGGGGGUGAUGUUCUGACGUUGACUGUUAUAUCAGUGACACCCCAGGAGGCUGAGCGACUGGAGCCAUGUGAAGAUCUAAGCUAUCAAUCAGUGGAUUACAGUGAGAAACGCUCACUACCAAUUAGCGUGCCAGAUUAUCAUGUGCGUGAACGCAGACACGAGAGAUACGUUGUAUUCAAUGUGUACAUGGCAGGUCGUCACCUCUGCUCCAGAAGGUAUCGAGAGUUUGCUGCUCUUCACAUGGCACUAAAGAAGGAAUUCAUUGGGUUUAAUUUUCCUAAACUACCGGGCAAAUGGCCUUUCCAAUUGAGCGAGCAACAAUUGGACGCUAGACGACGUGGACUCGAGCAGUAUUUGGAGAAAGUCUGUGCAGUACGUGUGAUAGCCGAGAGUGAUGCAAUGCAAGAAUUUUUGACUGACAGAUUGGAGGAGGAUGGCGAUCAGGGGCCAGCAGUCGAUUUAAAAAUACUACUACCAGAUCGUGAAGUUGUAACUGUCACUGUGGCUAAAGCAGCCCUAGCUAAAGAUGUUUACGAAGCGACAUGCUGUAAAAUUGGAUUGGAUAAUGAAACCGCCAAGUAUUUUUACCUCUUCGAGAUUGUCGAGUAUAAUUUUGAACGUAAAUUACAGCCUCACGAGCAUCCCCACACCCUUUACAUUCAGAAUUACUCGACUGCCAGUGCCACGUGCCUGGCAAUACGUAGAUGGUUAUUCAACAUAUCUAGAUCGUUGAGUGAACAGGCACUCACGUGGAUUUUUUGGCAGACUGUUGAUGAAGUUAAUCGUGGUCAUAUCAAUGCUGGAGAGAGAUUGUAUCAGUUAAAAGCCCUGCAGGAUGCAUCCAGAAAGCACGAAUACUUGAAAUUGGCUCGGGAACUGACUGGCUAUGGCGACAUUGUAUUUCCCCAUUGUGCAUGUGACUCUCGGAAAGAGGGGCAUGUCAUAGCUGCAGUGGGUGCUGGAGCUUUCAAAUUGCAUGCAGCUAAGGAAGAUGGAACACUAGAAUCUCAGGUUGUUGAAUUCCAAUGGAGAAACAUUACACGAUGGGAGGUGGAUGAGGAGGGCAUGGCUUUCUGUUUUCAGUACACGAGGCAGGACAAUCGACCGCCACGAUGGCUCAAAGUUUUUACACCCUAUUAUACGUUCCUGCUGGACUGUUUCGAGCGAAUAACCGAGGAGUCAAAGUGGGAAGAGGGCGAGGAAUGACAAAAAAAAAUCGUAAAUUGGAAAAAUUGAAUUACUUUUUCCCCCCCCACUUUGUACUGUAAAUUUCCACCACUACCCCAAGCUUCAGUCUUUUCUUUCUCCUCAGUUUUAUGCGACAAACUUGCUAGUCUACUUUAGAGUCAUUUACUGUCCUAUUUUGUAUAUACUUUGAAGAAGGAAAAUGAAGGAAACUGCAAUUAAAAUUGAUCAUUGAUGAAUGAAAAACGAUUAAAAUUCUCCUCGUGCUGUUGAUGAUAGUGGCACAUUUUAAAUAUGUAGUAUAACAAUUAUAAAAAUUGUUGAAAUUAUCGAUAAAGAUCUCUGUGACUGUACUGCAUCAUUCUAAACGAAUUUUAAGAACAGGGAGGGGAAAUCAAUUAAAGUAUUAGGUGAAAAUUAUUUCAUAAUUUUCCGAGAUAGAAGAGAAUUAACGGCUUAAUCCUAAUCAAUUAUUUGGCCUACUAAAGUCACUAGUCUUAUGAAUUCGUUAAAUGCUGAUGUUUAAAAUUCCAUUUACGUUAGUAAUUGUAUGUUAAUCCCCUGCAAUAUUCGAAUAUAAAAUUUAAAGAUAUAUUCAGGGAAAUGAAGAAAAAAUCAUGUUGAAAAACAAAAUCAAUUUAUUUUUGUUCAAUUGUAUAUACUUAAUGUUCCUGAAAAAAUUCCAUUUCCAUAGCUUUUAUUUAUACAAUAAGUCAUUCAUUCCCAAACACGAAUGCCAUUAUUUCUAUUUUUUUCGGAUCGUUAUAACUUUUAAAAAAAAACAAAAACAAUGAUCUGUAAAAGGUAUUCGGCCUAUCGUACACUAGGCCCCCUCGCUAUAUUUAAUUACACAUUGUUAGUUGAAAAUGAAACGUAUUUUUGUGUUUUAAAAAUUAUGUUAUGAAAUUUACAAUUGUUAAAUUUUGUUGGUAAUGUAUUAAAGGAAAAAAUGAAACACCAACGAUAAUUAUAUACAUAAAAAUCUGAAGUAGAGCACGUUGUAUUGAAAACACAUUUGCAUUUACAAUUAAUAGCCAUAAUCUUUUUUUUCCAUUUCGACGUACAUUAUACAUACACAAUUUAGAACAAUGAAUAAUUGUAUUACUCAAGAGUAAACAAACAACAGACUAAUUCUUAUGUAAAGAACGGAUACACAUUGUUUUCCUCAGAGAAAUACUAGUUUAAAGAAAGAUAUACUUAGAUGAUAUAGAACAAAAAAUGGAGAGAAUAAUAAGUCAUAUUCAAUGAGAAAGAGAAUAAAUAAAAAUGCAGCGAUCA